AAUUUGAAAAUGCUGCGUCUGCUGAUCUUCCUGGGAGUUGCAGUCCUGGGCUGCCAGGCUGUCUGCAAUCAGUGCUCCACGACCACCCGAGUUUCCUGCGUAUCGCCGACUGAGUUCCAGUUCUGCUCAGCGGAUUUGCUGGCCAUAGGUGACUUGUACACCUGUCCCAGUGGAACCUACUGCACGGAGGAAUCUCCCUUUUGCAGCAGCGACUCCACCUCGAUCGCCUGUCAGGGCUGCAAUAAAUGCAGCAGCGACAACAGAUUCGCCUGCACCAGCAGGAACACCUUUGCCUUGUGCCUGGGAACCACCACGCCGAGUCCUUCGAUUGGUGGAACUUGCGGUUCGAACCUUGUCUGCAACUUGGAUAACCCUAAUAUUUGUGGCAGUCCCACAACGAACACCGUGACCUGCUCGGGAUCAGACUCGGGAACCUGUGGAAGCACAACCAUAACCAAUGCCACCGAGUACUGUCAGUCCAUCCAGGAAACGGGGCGUUUUCCCUAUGGAAGAGUUACCUCAACCACCUGCAAGCAAUACGUUUAUUGCUAUGUCUAUGCUGGCGUGUUCUAUGGCAACAUCUACAGCUGCCCAGGAUCCACAUACUUUGACAGUACUUCUCACCUUUGCACCACCGCCACGCAGGCCAGGUGCUCGGAUACGGUGUCCUGUUUAACUCUGAACGACCGACUGCUGUUGUAAAGUUAUAAUUAGUAAGACUAUACAGUUAAUAUCUAAAUAACAGCGAUUAUCACAGGGCACGGUGUGUCUUAUGCAAAUAAAUUUAAGGCAUUGUAAAAGUAAAGCGGUUUUAUUGUCGAUUCAACUGAUAAACUCCCUUUUAUUAAUA